AUGUCUAUUGUAGAGACCUUUCAUGGUUACAUCGAGACCACCCAGGAUUGCCUGCUAGUCUUUGAAGCCUGUCGUCGAUGUCUGCUGCCAAAAAUAUCUCGACGGCUGCAGGAAAAGGAACGUAAACUCGUUCGUUCCGGUUCCGUAUUUGUCUUUGACGAGAAAGAAUCCGGUAUCAAGCGGUGGACGGACGGAUUGGUUUGGAGCCCAUCCAGAAUUCUCGGCAAUUUCUUGAUAUACCGUGAGCUCGACAAGCGAAAAGAGAAGCGAAAAAACUCGCUGAUAGAGAUUGGAAAAGCACGACAACGUAGCAACAGUGCCGAUUACGGGCCUUUGGAUCGUAGUCGGGAACGCCAGUUGGUUGGCUCAUUGUCUGAAGCCUACAAUUUCAAGGACGAUGGUCUGAUUAAAAAGACAAUGUCACUGGUCGUCAAUGGUUCGCAUUUACAUUUGGUGUCUUACUAUCAUCCGGAUGAUGUGAUUGCUCGACGAUUCCGAACCCCAUCCGCCGUACCGGAAAUCGCUAAUUUGGAAAUAUCGCCAGAGUUGCUCAUCCGACAAAACUUUCGUAUUCCUCCCAUGGUCGUUCUCACCGUGGUUAUUUCUGCUUGA